UAUCUUAGCCAAGAUUUUUGUUGCAGAUGGGGAGUCUUGAAGAUUGUUUUGUGCCUGCUAUUUCCAUGGAUGACAAAGCUUCCACCUUGUUUUCUUUGACAGAUAGUAUGGCUAUGGAUAGCACUAGCACCAGUUCCUGUUCAAGCAAUGAUCUUCCAGAUGCUCAUGCUGGUCCUCUCUACCACAUGGGCUCUCUCAUAGCAGGCCUGCCCUGCAGGAGAGGGCUGUCAAAUUUCUAUGGUGGCAAAUCCCAGUCAUUCUCCAGUCUGGAGGAUGUGAAAUGUGUGGAACAUCUGGCCAAGCCGGAGAAUUCCUAUUACAGGAGGAAGAAACUUAAAGGAUGCCAUGAAUGUGGAUUGAAGCAUAGUAAGUCAUAUGAACCCAGAAUUUCUUCAGCUUCAAUGAUUUCCAAGAGACCUCAGAAGGGCUCUACAAUGAUGAAGAAGGCCGCAAGCUUUUUCUUGAGUUCUGGAUUACCUGUGUCGCCUGCUAAUACAAGAUAGAUCAUCUGAUAUCGUGGGCAUUCUACCCUAUUUUAAAAUUCUUGAAAUUGUAUAAAGCAAUACAUACACUUAUCCAGUUAAGAAAGUAUUGAUGGUUUAAUUGAACAAAACACAUUCUAUUUAAAAAGUGAAAAAAAAGCCAUUUAGUCCAGGCUGAAAUGGAGCUCCUUUUGCCUGUAUAGAUUUGUUAUAUAUGUAAAUCACGUGGAUUUCAAUUAAUGAAACUUUGACAGAGGGUUUUUGGAUUAA